AUGGAAUAUGCAAAGAUCGUUAUAGCGAUCUCAUGGGCUCUUAGUUCAUGGACUAAAGCAUAUCUGAUAAUGCAUAAUGCCAGAGGAGGCGCUCCCUUACUUUUUCGAAAACGUUUGGCGGAUGACGAGAAAAAGUUUAUAGCGUUCACUCAUAUGAUGCGACUACCUUCACCACAAACAACAAGACUUCCUUCGUUAUUUAAAUUUAUUCCCAAUCUAUUUUCGCUUUAUUUUCCUGCAUUGGUAGUAGAAGAAUUUCUACAUUUUUUCCUGCUACGACAUUUCGUCCAUAUACGUAACACGAGCAGCUUCACCAUCCGAGGCAGACCACCACCACCCGAAUCAAAAGAUGAUGAUUGCUUUUGCCUGGGGGUUGGUAUAGGCACACAUACCACAACAGACAUGGAAGAGGAUGAAUUCGGCGAUGAGAGUUGUCUCGGUGAACUGGAGAGUUACUGUAAUAUACCGCAUCAUGUAGCACACAAGCCUUGUAUGUUCCGAUGGCUCACGAUGGGAUUGCCGCGUGGUAUACCAACUUUCAACAUGCCACCGAGUCAAAUGCAAUCAUCACGACCGGCUCCCGUGUGUCCUAAAUGUCGUGGCAACUUGGCCGUAGAAAUUAUCACUAAAGAUUCUUUGGUGGGUGAUGAACGUCAGUUUGGUGGUUGGAGAAAUCGAGCAAAUUGGAAUUCAAAGAUUAAUGCCUUAGUCAAAGAUUGGAGGAAGUCUUCGUCGUUGUCUUCCUCAAAUUACAUAUUUCCGUCACAUUACAACGCUCAACAACGACAACAAUUACCGCAAACACAUUUGGGUUAUAAUAACAGUGUUAAUCCGCCUGCUGCUAAUGAUAAUUCCACCACAUUCAAUACUCCAAACUAUGGAAUUUCUUCACAAACACUUCCUCCUCCACAAUUAACUUCACACCUUUUGCCACACAUCAAUCAACUCUCCCACACACAAAUUGUCACCCCAAAUCUAAUGCAUCAACAAAAGACAACAACGACGCGUCCCCCUUCACCAUUACAAUAUCGUCAGCCACAGGAACCUCCUCCACUUCUUCCAUACCAAAUACUAUGGUACCUUGCAGAACACCAUCUUUCACAAGCAGCCUCACUUCCAAACUCUUCCUCUCUCACCGAUUUUUCAAAGUUAUCGCCGCAACAUCAAAAACAUGUGCUCGCUGCUAUCAAGUGUCUGGACGCGGUUCUCGCGAAUAAUAAUAAUAGCGGAAAUCAAUUCAUGCCCGCGGUCGAAUUGAAAACGAGAUUUCGAUUAAGCCAAAUUUUAUUUUGGUUCACGGAAAAUAUUGUCGAGGCUGAAAUGCAUCUACAGAAAGCUAUAUUGAUUGCCCAAAAGAUGGACAAUGUCAACGAGCUAAAAUUUCAGAUAUACAAUCUCCAGAGCAGAAUUUUUAUAAGUACGAAUAACAUCAAAGCAGCCAAGAAUCUCUUAAAAAAGAGCACUGCAGAAGCAAUGGAGUGGAUGUCUGUGUAUUUCGAUGAAGCACAAUCGUAA